AUGAAAGGCGAACCCGUCAUUGUAAGUCGCUCAGUGCCUACAACGUCUGCCUUCUAGCUAGAGGAAGGCUUUGCUGGUUUUCCGCUCUCUAGCUUUUGCAUCCCAGAACGUUACGUGCCCCAUCUGGAAAGUGUCCUAGUGCCUAACGGAAUGAUAAAAGACAGGCAAUUAUUCUUCUUCCUUUUGAGUUUUUUAUUUAGGAUAAAACGGAUAGCUGCGGAGAUCAUCGAGUUCUUUGAAAAGGAGGGUAUUACUUCAGUUUAUAUGUUGUGUGUCCUAAAGGGCGGAUUCAAAUUUUUUUCGGAUCUGAUCGAAGAAAUGCAGCAAAACAUCUGGUCCAGGAAGUCCAACAUUUCCCUUCAAAUUGAAUUUGUGCGGGUGAAAAGCUACAUAGUAGGGUCUUGCUUUUCUCACCUUUAUUUUUACAGGACACUACGUCAGGCGACGUGGUAAUUUCAGACAUCGAGAGCUGCAUCUCCAUCAAGGGGAAGGUAGUUAUUCCCGUUUACUUUUUACUAUUUAGCACGUACUUGUCGUUGAUGAUCUUGUAGAUACGGGAAAGUCUAUGUUGAAGUUGAAUGAAUACCUCCGUAGCCUCGGGGCGACCUCAGUCCACGUUUCCUGGUAAGGACUUAAGCGUUCAUUUGCAAAGAUAAUUCACAUCUCAAAGUCACCAUACACUCCUUCGAAGGGAAGCGUUUUAACUCAUGCUUAUUAAUUUCUUUUGAUAUGCUUUUGAUAUGCUGACUAUGGAUUUUUUCAAGCCUCCUUCUAAAACGGACCCAUCUCAGUCGUGGAUAUACGCCGGACUGUAAGUUGCCCUUAGUCGUUUGCUCCGUUUCCAUAGAAUAUUUUCAAAACCGUUGGUUGUGUCUUGUGCUUUAUGUCUACUACUUAUCCUCCCGCCACUCUGAUUUUUGUUCCACUGCAGACAUGAAGAUUAUGCGCCUUCUGCAGUUUUGCAACAUUUUUUUUACGAUGACUUUCAUAUCAGCCUCUCAAAGCAGUAAGUGGGCUCAAUCUGGGACCCUUUCGGCGGCCGCUUAGCCAUUUGUAAUAUACGCAGACGAAGCCCCGAAGUACAACGGAACGAGUAUGUGCCGUAGCGCGAUCGGUGAACGCCCCUAUCCCACAAUCAAUGCGUCCGAUCUCAGUCGACAAGACAACGAGCCCGUGGCUCGUCGCUGCAGCGGCGAUGUCUUACUUAAGAAAGAACUAGCCUACUUAUAUCAGUUAUUCCGGUCCAAUGGGUAUCCGAGCAGCCACAGGGUCGUUGCUUGCAUACUUAAAGAUGAUUUCGGCACUAGAGUCUUUUCGAUGAACCCCUGUUUUGGAUUGCCUUCUUCCUCUUUUGAUUCGCGCAGUCCUAUGCCUCGACGUACACAAUCUCAUGUAUCAUCAGAGUUGACCCUUUGUUCGGCCAAACCGACUGUUGCAGAUAUGGGGCGGUUGCUUUCAUGAUGCUGAGCGGCGUAGUACUGAGCUUCAUGGUGGGGAAACUCAUGUGCACAGUGCUCCACCAGUGUCUCACCGUGCGAGAACGUCUACAAUGAAUUUUGUCGACCUUAUUCUCGAUUGUAAUUGAACACCCUGAAAUGUCAAUCCGAUAUUAUUAUGGUUGGUCUUUUUAAUGACGACAAAUUGGUCAUCUACAUAACGCAGCUACAAUCCAAGUCGAAUUAAUGAAACGGCGGCAAAUUAUAAUUUCUGCAUUUCGACCUCGCCAAGUAAGCUAGAUGUUGAUGACUCCAACAGGAGCCCACUUCGGUUGUAAGUAGUGUUCUUGAACGAUUGUGAAGUUGUUUACUAGACCUGGGUCUAAGAGUUCGAGUAGAGUAGCUGCAGGAACAUCCGUGUCAUGGGAGUGAAGGAGUUCCAUGCAUUGUUUUGCCAAAUUUAGCCAUAUGGAAGUGGACCGAGGGACGACGUUGAAACACACCUUUAUCUCGUUUGUCGGACUUGCGGAUCUUCGUGGUUUAUUUAAAAGCCAUAGACCUCCCGAGUGAAGUUUCGCUAUUCUCUGGAUACGGGAUGAAAUUGCUUGAACAGUCAAUCGGAAAUUUCGGACUUGGGUGCACUGAUUACCCAUAGAACGUCAUUGUUGUGCAGCCUUAGGAUUCGUAGAUCUUUCGAUAGUUGGGCCAGUUUGUUUUGGGGACUUGGCAGUAGUUUCACUCCCGAAAGACGCCUCAGCAGUUUGUUAUUUGGUAAAAUCUUUACCUUGGCCGGAUCCAUGCUGAGAGGUUUAUAAGUCGGCCCACCUGCUAACAAGAACAGAAUUUAUUAUUGUAUUCUGUCUUGUUCCAAAACGCAGCGGGCGAAUAAUAAUGUAGGAGGUUUUUUCCUUCAUCUGAUAGCACCGAAAAGCCAUUUGGUCCUCUAGGGCUUGUACAAUACUGCUUUUGACCGUAAAGCGUCCGUUCCCCGUGAGGUUUGCUGGUAAUAUAUGCACUCCAAGUUUGCAGGGAAACCUAACCAGUCCGAAUCGGGAAGACUGUUUAAUUCGUUUGGAGUGCAUGUUCUCUAUCGCUACUGUAAGGUUUCUCAGGGACAGAUUUAAGACUUCCGUUGAAUGCUUUUUUUCUCCUGCAUGUGAUGCAGUAUAUUGUGAUGGAAUUUGCAAAUCUGCCCCUACACUCAUCUAUGAACACCAAAGGAGAGCAAAGAAACGAGAUUACCUGUCUCAAAUAGCCGAAAUAUUAGGAAAUUGCCUGAGUUUAGGUGCGAUUGGAAUACGCUGGAGUAGGCUCAUCUAAAACCAUAAUUUGCAUCAAAGGCAGCAUUCAGUAAAAAAACGGUUUUCUAGGGAAAUGUUUAAUGCAACCUGUGUGCCUUGGUGCCGUCACUUUUCCCCACGCUUGCCAGCCUCUUAGAUAUCUUUCGUUUUUAUUCCCUAGUUCUGGGAUUCGAAGUGCCGGAUCGUUUUAUCGUGGGCUACGCUAUCGAUUACAAUGAAUGUUUUCGGGAUCUUUUGGUAACUAUUUGACUUACCUCCUUCAAGCCUACUGCAACUAUCAAAGCACAAUCAGUUACUUGCCACUUUUAUUUGAUUUUCGCCUGACCGUGUGCUAUGCCUGUUAAGGGCCCGAAUUUGCAUCUCUUAUUAUUUGCGCGCUCUGUUCUAUCUUGCAUGUGCCUUUAGUCAAGAAUGACCACUUCUAACAUAGCGUGCAUCAGCGGGCAGAGUUGAGUGUUUCGGUCUGCCUUGCCUUUGUCGGUAACACCUAUCGGCCCUUUGUUGGCUACCCUGAUAAACCGCCCUAUCUAACUCUAAACUCGAAGCCCCGAGCGACAGCAAGAUCGUUCUUUUCCGUCCUGUUGUCAGGUUGGAUCUGUAAACGUCACAAUGACGUGGCUUUUGAUCUGCGCAUUCCGUCUUUGUUUCUCAAGAUUUCUAUGUUUGGCUUAGGGGGCUGCAUUGCCAACCCUGCCUCCAGCCCUACCUUCUUUCGUGCAACACCGUAUCUAUUUCCAGUAAAACGGGCCACGCGGUAGAUGCCUUGGACCGACACAGGGGCUAGAUGGGAGUGCGGUAGGCGUUAUCGGGAAUACGCGCCCGUAACAACUUCCAGCAUUAGCGGUGCGGCGACACUCCCAGUUGCGGGCCCACGCCACGCCAGUAGGGAUCCGUACCGUCCCCUUUCUCUUGUUGUGUAAGAUCCUGGUCAGCGUACGUUGUGGAAAGGGGAUGUGGUGAUACGCCAAGGUACGGGUUCUCGCCGUGCUUGCAUCUGCUCCCCUCCCGCCUUCGGUCUUCUUGACUCUGUCUCGACACCUGGUCCAGAUGGGGGAGAAAUAGAGUGCAGUAGGUGCUGCGAAAGUCGACCUUCACUCUAAAUUAUAUGACGCGCAAGUCACAGCCCAUGCUCUCACCCUGCUGUGAAGCAAAUGGUGAACAUCGUCUGCAACGACGGUCAAACUGUAUGUCUAAUGACGAGGCAACUGGAGACAGUGACUUGCCAGCCAUCCAUUUCUUUCUGCUGCACACGUGCGGGAACCUUUCCUGUUAUCAACCCGGACCCCACUCACAAAUUCACAAAGUGCUCACGUUCGAUUUCGCCGUCAGUCGAACUGGUUAGGGGCAUGUGGCUGCUGAGCUUGGCUCUUUUCCGUUCUUACAUGUGCGCCCCGGGUGCCAAAGCGGAAUGACCUACUUUCGUGCAGUUGAACGUUCGGUACAACGGAAUACAUCAACGUGGUUAUCCCUCACCAGCCACUCAACGAACCCCCUUUGGUGUCCACGUCUCGUCCGGUUUACAUACUCUUGCAUCCCAAAUGAGUUUCUGUGCUUCUAAGAUACCUGCGAUAGGUUACCGUAGAUGUUUAGAUAUCUCGAUUUUUCCUGGCCUAGGAAACCUGACUUCAAAGUAUUGCUUACGGAGCCAUUCCUUUUAACCAAAGACAAAUUCCUGUUUGUGCCAGCAACUUAGGUAUUCAGUCCUUUCUUGUUUAUGUUACGAGGGAAAUUAUCUGGUUUUUACCAAUUUUUCUUCCAUCUGUUUAAACUGUUUCCCACGGCUUGGCCUCUAAUUCCCAUGCCUUUAUGUGUAAACGUAUUUAAUUGGGAGCCCUAUAGCCACAGCUCUCAUCUAAAAGACCUAUCUUUAUUGGAUAAAUACUACAUACCUGGCACCCCCGCAAUUUUAGCCCAUUUUCAUUUAGUCCGCUUCGGUCUGCUUUCAUCUCUGGCUGUUCGCGCUUUAGGCUUGCAAUGUGACAAACCAACCCGGUACUCUUGAAUCACAUUUACCAUCUACGGUACCAUUUAGGUUUGAGUUAUACUGCCAACAUUUGUAAUGCUCUUGGGGUUACAGGAUAUCAUACUGGCAGCACAGGUACUAGCAAGAAGCCCAAACACGCAUGUUUCAUUGAUAUUCUGCCGCUGCAUGGCACAGCUGCGAAGGGUUCGGUUCAUCAGUGGGUCCCCCAGCACUCCCGUGUGUUUUCUGGUAGAUACUCUAUUUUAUAAAUUUUUGCUCUAAUUUCCUCAGAAACCAACCGCUAACUUGGAGCGAGUCUUCUUAAAAUAAGACCUACAAACGCAGACCAAAAUUUGACAUGAAUAUUUGGACUUCGGUCCUGUGCUGCCAGUAUGGUAUCCUCUAACCCCAAUAUAUUACUGCUAGCUGCCGGUUGCCUGUUGUUAAUGUCUGAUAAGAUUAAAAAGCAACAAGUAUAAUGUUCUUGUUCUCAUGCAACUGUACCUGUUGGCGUCUUGUCGUACAUCACCGAUGGAACAUAGGUGUCUAGUUCUUCCCCUCCGUUCGUUAUCGCAGGCGGAGUCGACAUAUGCCGAUUCUCCGAAAAGGUUACUAUUUGCUAGAUCUUUCGGUCGAAAAUUUACUGUACGGUCUGUUAUCGGAUACUUACUUGCAUCACCUAUUACCCUGCAGCAUGAAGAGCAUCUUAGAGGAAUUUUUCCCUUAAUGCACUGACCUGCACGUUUAUUUAAUUUUAUCUAUUUCUAUUCGCUCGUAGCACAUUUGUUCAAUCAACGAGAAGGCCAAGAAGGUAUUCGCAAUGAACAAUCGCAGCGAGUUGGGCUCUCUACCUCCCAUCGACAGUUAG